UUUCGAAAAGCGGUACAGAUAUGCCCCGCCAUAUAUCCAGUUGGGACACGGAACACAGUUCCCAGAAUCGGGGCUCCUGGUAUCGCUGGAUGCUGGAGGGAGGAUUGUUGAAGUCGUUGAAGUUUGAUUGUAGCUAACCUUUUUACGGACUUGAGACGCUUGGCGGUGGAUACGUGACGUCAGAAUCGUCAGAAUGGUCAGAAUAUACCGUCUACUCGGUCGACCCGGUCUACCCUUCGUUACGCUGGAACACUGGAAGUUCUAUACGUCAUAUGUAACGUAUCACGGUAAUGUUUCAGAGUUGAAUGUGUGUUGGAUAAGCGGGAGGAGCGGGAGAGCCAGGUGAACUUAUUGAUUAGUACUUAUGAGAUUGGUGCAACAUGAGUGAUGCUGAAAUCUUGGCCCUGACAGCUAAUUUGGGUGCCUCUGUUUAUCAGUCACUGACCAUAUUUGAUGUGGAGAAGAAAAUUGGCAAGGGUCAGUUCAGUGUGGUAUAUCGUGCUCGUUGUCGAACAGAUGGAGCUAUUGUUGCCCUUAAGAAGGUGCAGAUAUUUGAAAUGAUGGAUGCCAAAGCACGUCUGGAUUGCAUGAAGGAAAUCAACUUACUGCAGCAACUGAACCACCCAAAUGUAAUAAAGUAUAUCUCAUCAUUUAUUGAAGACAAUGAACUGAAUAUUGUGUUGGAGUUAGCUGAUGCUGGAGACCUCUCUCGCAUGAUCAAGCAUUUCCGCAAACAGCGACGACUCAUCCCAGAGAGGACAAUAUGGAAGUAUUUUGUGCAGCUAUGUAGUGCUGUGGAACACAUGCACUCCAAGAGAAUAAUGCAUCGAGAUAUCAAACCAGCAAAUGUGUUUAUCACUGCCCAGGGUGUUGUGAAACUGGGUGAUCUUGGCCUUGGACGGUUUUUCAGCUCAAAGACAACUGCAGCACAUUCAUUAGUUGGCACACCAUACUAUAUGAGCCCAGAGCGAAUACAUGAGCAUGGGUACAACUUUAAAAGUGACAUUUGGUCACUUGGUUGUCUACUGUAUGAGAUGGCCGCCCUGCAGUCACCAUUCUAUGGGGAGAAAAUGAAUCUCUACACACUGUGCAUGAAGAUAGAGCAGUGUGACUAUCCCCCACUCCCAGCUGAUAUCUACUCAAAAGAGUUGCGAGAUUUGGUGGGUGCCUGUAUAAAUGCUGAACCAUCAAAGCGACCUGACAUCAGCUACGUGUAUGGAGUGGCACGUGAGAUGCAUGCCCGCAACCAGAUAACAGGUAGUGCUGUGUCAAUGGCACAUGACCACCAGCAGGCCAUACUAAGACACCAUGACUGGCCAUUACAAUAAAGAGUAAGGUAUAUACAGGAAGGUGAAGACUUCAAGUUUUGGUCUCUACUACACUAAAGUUGUUGAACACGGCAUUAUUUAAGCAGUUUCCCACAUCAGAAAAAUUUGGAUGCAAGCGUGAAUUAUAUUAGAGCACGUGUGAAGUGAAUUGAAACAGUCAGGCAUUCCACAUCAUGCAUCCACCACAUAAUGAUGACAAGACUGAGUUUUAAAUGGGUAAUAUGUGCCUUGCCAGAAAUUAUUCUAGUGUUGUUUGUUACAUUCAGUUUAUUUAAGAACAAUUUUAUCAGCAUUAAUGUUUGUCUUUUCAAUAAAUGUUUAAUUAUUGAAGUCA